GUCAUCCCCGAGCGCCGGAAGUGCGCCGCGGCCGGGGCGGAAAAUGGCGGCGGCGAAGCGCAGCGUUCUCUCCUCCCUGGCGGUUUAUGCCGAGGACUCGGACCCGGAGUCGGACAGCGAGGCCGGCACGGCGGGGAGCGAUGGGGGAGCGCCCAUGGGAGAGAAAGGCGGCCUGGUCUCAGUUGGGUACGGAGAAGAUGACUUUACCCGCCUGGAUGGGGACGAGGAAGGGUACGAAGAGGAGGAUGAUGAGAACAGCAGGCAGUCAGAAGAUGACGAUUCAGAGACUGAAAAACCUGAGGCUGGUGACCUAAAGGAAUUCUCAGAAGUGGAGAAAAGAGAUCCUCAGGAGCUAGUUGCUUCUUUUUCAGAGAGAGUGCGGAACAUGUCUCCAGAUGAGAUCAAAAUCCCUCCUGAGCCCCCUGGCAGAUGCUCUAACCAAUUGCAGGAUAAAAUUCAAAAGCUGUAUGAGAGGAAAGUGAAAGAGGGCAUGGAUAUGAACUACAUCAUCCAGAGGAAAAAGGAAUUUCGCAAUCCCAGCAUCUAUGAAAAGCUGAUCCAGUUUUGUUCCAUCGAUGAACUCGGUACAAAUUAUCCAAAGGACAUGUUUGAUCCUCAUGGCUGGUCAGAGGAUUCAUAUUACGAGGCACUAGCUAAAGCCCAGAAGAUUGAGAUGGACAAACUGGAGAAGGCCAAGAAGGAACGUACAAAGAUCGAAUUUGUGACUGGCACUAAAAAGGGUACAACAACAAGUGCUGCUUCCACAACCACCACAACAUCCAGCACCACUGUUGGAGAUGCCCAGAAGAGGAAGAGCAAGUGGGACUCUGCCAUCCCCGUAACGACGAUAGCUCAGCCCACCAUCCUCACCACCACUGCAACACUGCCAGGUGUUGUCACAGUGACAACCAGUGCCAGUGGCUCCAAAACCACGGUGAUCUCAGCUGUGGGCACCAUUGUGAAAAAGGCCAAGCAGUGACUGCUGUGCUGGGCCUGGAAUCUUGGACUUGUUUGUCACUGAAGCCAUUGUCCUUGGAAGGGAGGGGUGGCUUUCCCCUUUGGUAAAAGAUGACAAGAUUCUUUGAAGCAGCCCACAGUUCUCCUUUGGAAGGCUGGGGGCAGGAGCAGGAUGCCAGCUGUGUGCCCACAGGAAUGGACCUCUGCCCACCAUGCCUUUGCCUUUGCUUGCUGGGGGAAGAACCAGGCUGCCUGUGUUGUGCUGGAGGAAGGUGGUAUCUGGAGUCAGCUGUAAAAGUUUGCUUAUUAAUUACUGCAUUGAGGUCUUACCUACUUGCAAGUUUGGUUUAGGGGGAAAAACGAAAAUAAAUUAAAAGGGCAAGCAGGGAAGGCCUGUCAGUGUUAACCCUGUGUAUUCCAGGUGGUGCUCCAGGGCUGCCUGCAGCCUGUGUAGGUGCCUCCCUCCAGAAUCAGCUCAGUUCUGAGGGAGUUGAAGCAGAGACAACCACUCAGUGUCCACGUCCAGAUGUGUAGCAGAGACUUGAAGCAAACUACAUCAGUGAGUGUAGGCUCACUCCUUGUUCUAGUGCUGACACCUGUACCCUGUGCUCUCUGUGUAGAUCUUAGUGACCACAUGUGAAACUGUGGAACUCUUGAGGAAACUGUGCUGGAGCAUCCUGUUACCAUCUCACAGGGAUGGAGAUUUCUAUGCAGAACCCUCAAGCUGUAGAGGUUUGAUUUGUGAACUCACUUGCAAAGACCUGUGCAGAAAACACUUCUAUUGCCAUGGAAUGAGGUUGGACAGCAGAUAAGCAGAGGAGAGUGUCUGAUCCUGUUUGUGAUGUUGUCCAUCUUUGUUUUAGCUCGUGAUGUUCUGUGAAUGCACACAUGGCAGUUACUGCUUCCUCCACUGUUGUGAAAAAGUAUUUUCAGUUGAAAAUUUUGUUGUAUAAAAAUUGAAAAGUCUUUUAAAAAAAUCCAUGGUGUCAUUGAUGUGUCUGCAUGUCUUUAGAGUCAAAUUUCUACCCAGAGCCUCUUUGUCCUAGUGUUUUAAGCAAUGGUAGGGAGAGAUGGUUGCCAGAUCAGCAAAAGUGUAAUUUUCUGAGAAUUCAAUGAUUUGGGGUUGUUUUUUCUUCUUUUUUUCCUUCCAGUUUGUUAUGUAGCAUAUGUCACUCCUAUCAAGACUUUGCAUUUAUGGAGACUUAAGGCAGAAAUAACAGGUUGUUGCUCCUGCUUGUUGAUAUCCUGUUUUUAGAUAAUUUUAAAACAUGUUAAACACUUUGGCCUGGCAGUCACUUAAGCUUUAAAAAAAGAAGCAUCUGUGUAUCCAGGAAUGCUCAUGGGAACUAAACCAGAGGACUGAUGUGACUAGCAUGGGAGACUGGGGGAGAUGGUGGAAUUGCUCUUUUUAAAGCAAUAAAAUAUUGAAAGGCAUG